AAAAGAAUAUAUAAUUCUCCACUCCUACCACAGGGGUCACUCUCGAAGGCGCUUACACGGGCAUCGAGUUCUACUUCCUGAAGCCCGACCUAUCCCGCUUGAAGGAGGUGGAGGUGUGGAGUGAUGCUGCGACCCAGAUCUUCAUCUCGGCCGGAGUGUCGUUCGGGAGCAUCAUGACUCUGUCGUCCUAUAACAAGUUUAGCAAUAAUUGCAUGAGAGACGCCAUCGUGAUCACCAUCACCAACUGCUCGACGUCCGUGUUCGCCGGCUUCGUCAUCUUCAGUAUUCUGGGCUUCCUGGCGACGGAGCUCGGCGUGGAGGUGCAGGACGUCGUGUCUUCGGGCUCCGGCCUGGCCUUCGUCGUGUACCCGGCCGCCGUGACGCUCAUGCCCGUGUCGCCGCUGUGGUCCAUCCUGUUCUUCGUCAUGCUGAUAUCGCUUGGCUUGGGGACGCACUUCUCGAUGUUCGAAGCCGUGAUGACGGCUUUGUGCGACAAGUUCGAAUCCCUGCGCGCGAAGAAGCCCCUCCUCGUCGUCGUUUCCUGCGGUGUCAUGUUCCUGCUGGGAACGACCAUGUGCCUCGAGGGCGGCGUCUUCCUGUUCGAGGUGUUCGACUGCUACGCCGCAGGACUCGCGAUCCUUGUCCUGUCCAUCAGCCAGCUUGUAUGCAUCCAAUACGUCUACGGCUUUAGGAACUUUAUGAAGAUGAUUGAGGAAAUGGGCAUCGCCGUCUCGCGUCCGCUGCGCCUCUACUGGGCUGUCACGCUCACGACGGUCACGCCCGUGGUGCUCACGCUCAUCUUCUUCCUCUCCGCCUACGACUUCACUCCCGCCUCCUGGAGCGACUACCUGCUGCCUCCAAGCGCUCAGAUCCUUGGCUGGUUCAUCACCGCCGCUUCGGCAGGCAUUAUCCCAGCAGGCGCCGUCCACGCCCUCUGGAAGCGCAGGUCCUCCUUCAGGAGCUUGUUUCGCGUCUCUGCUGACUUCUGCCCCGCCCACGACCGCAAGAGAGUCGCCCAGCAGAUGAAGCAGGAAGCAGGUCCUGAGGCCAAGUUUACAGGGUCUCAGGUUUACCGUAAUGAAGGUUUCGUGAGCGAGGACGUGUAGGGGCUGGAUCUGUAUUAUCGAUUUUAUUAUUUAACUGCGUCUUCCUUUUAUUAUUCAACUUCUUCUUUAGGAUGACGUUUAUUUAUUAUCAUUUCCAAAAUCUUAAGACUCAGGGUGGAUGGAACGACACCCUGAAUCGUCUAUGUACAACGAAAUUUAGUCAUUAAAGUGGGUUAAAGUUUGUGAAUUAAAUCCGGUACCAAUCACUAUAUAAUUGCUAAAUAUUUUUAGAGGCCAUGCAAAGACAACGAUGUUCAGAUCGUUUAUAUCAGGCAUCGGCCAUUUUAGCAGCCAUUUUCCUUUCCCUCUUUAUAUCACUACGUUGAUUGUUACUAUGUUUCUGCAAAAAAAAAAAAAAACACAGUAACGAUUUUUUAAUACUGAAAAACAAAUUGAUCUCAAAGAUUUGGUGUAAACUUGAAUGCAGUGAAUAUAAUUACUUGGCUUGAA